AUGGAUGUGGACGCUGUGCAGGUUUACCGGAAACUGGUCGACAGUCUCCUGGACCGCGCCGCGCAAGUCAAGCCGGACCAGCACAUCGAGCCUCCGCUGACCGAAACACUCCUGGGCGACGCGAUCUGGCAUGUUUCCGGGCCGGACGAGGAUAUUGUCAAGCAGCUGAACCAGCAGACCCAGCUUGCUGCUGUAGAAAUCGCCUUUCGCGAGAGGUUCUAUCGCGUUCUGGCGUCUACCUCAAUCGACGAACCUGCUUUCAUUCAGAUCUGGAAUCUCCUCGAUAUCGUCUCCAUUUUCUCUGACAACGAACAAUGCGAACCAGGUCUGAUCUUCUGGCUUAUUGAGGAACUCCUCGACAGCCAGACCAUUGACGGCUGUCGCAAGGUGUUUGACUAUCUAGAGUCGCGACGAGAACGAAACACAGCGAAACAUUUCAAACAGAAGAGCCUGAUUAUUCUCAGAUCAUGCAACGAGCUUCUGCGCAGGUUGUCCCGUGCGGAAGAUACAGUAUUCUGCGGUCGAGUGUUCAUCUUCCUCUUUCAGAGCUUCCCGCUGGGAGAUAAGAGUUCCGUCAAUCUUCGGGGCGAGUUCCAUACCGAAAAUGUGACCAACUUCGACGAAAUUACGGAAGAGGCCGCCGCGGACGCAACCGAGGAAGACACAGCAAUGAGUGAGGCCAAGGAAGCUUCUGCAGAGGGGCAGGCAGAAGAAGCGGAAGAGCCUCCGCAAAUCCCAAAGGUUGUUGUGUCUACGAGCAAGGACAAGAAGUCCGAGACUGUUGAUCUGAACGCGCUGUAUCCGCUGUUCUGGAGUCUGCAGUCCUAUUUUUCAGCCCCGACCAAAAUGUUCGAUCCUGAACGUUUCACGUCCUUCAAGACCGGGCUCGAAGCCACAUUAUCUGCUUUCAAGAAUAUCAAACCCGAUCUCGAACAGGGUACGGCCCGGGUCUCUGAAGAGGCUCGGAGAUCCAGCAAGCGGAAGCGUUCCACGGAUGAUGUUGAGAUUGCGAGCAGCUUCAACCCGAAAUAUCUGACGAGUCGAGAUCUAUUUGACCUCGAAAUCAGCGACACUGCAUUCAGAAGACACGUUCUUGUCCAGGCACUCAUCCUUAUCGACUUCAUGCUUUCUCUUACGCCCAAAUCCAAAGGCCAGCUUUCGGAUCUGCCGAACAAGUCAGUCCUCUACGGGUUUAUCCUGAAUGAGGACGAUGCCAAAUGGGCAAUGCGGAUGAGGAAGCGAAUCGAGGAGUAUUUGCAGGACGGGGCGGGUGGCAAGUUCUACUAUCGUAUGGUGGACACCGUGCUGUCCAGGGACAAGAAUUGGGUGCGCUGGAAGGCUGAGGGCUGUCCACUGAUCGAAAGGCCCGCCGUCUCGGUGGAAGACUACCUUGCUUCUCGCGAGCAUGCCCUCAAGGCCUACGCUAACAAGCGUCUUCGUCCUUCUCCCAUGGGAGCUCUUGAUCUCAAGUUUCUUUCCGAUGGCGAGUCGUUGGCCAAUUUGGAGCGGCUCAAGGAAUCAGACCGAUACUCCGUUCCCGCGGCGGAUUCGUUCAUGAUGAGCAUUAUGGAUGACGAAAUGGACAUGGACAUGGCGCAGACCAAAGAGGAGAAAGACAGUGCGGAACAGUCCAAGGCAAGCAAAGCCUGGCGAAUCCUUCGUCUCUCUGCGAAGACCAAACUCGCUGCCUUCGAGAAGAUCGAGGACGGCAAGAACCUAAAGAUUUUGUUUGAGAGCCCUCCGGCACCAGAUACCACAGCCCAGCCUGGUGACGACAUCGCGAAUGACUCGGAAGCCACUCCCCAGGCGACUGAGAGCACUGUGCAAGGCUCAUCCCAACCUCCUCAAGAUCAAGAUCUGGCUCAGAGCACAGAAGCACCAGGAGAAUUGGUCGAGGACAAAAAUGUCAUCGGUGAUGUGAAACAGGAAGCGAGCGGCCCCGAGGCUGAGGACACGAACGAGGAAACCCCUAUCGCUCCUGGCGCCUCGGAUGAUGGCCCCAAGGAGAGCCUGGCAACAUGA